AAAAUUGAGGUUUCGCCAAAUUGGUCCGAGGGAAAAUUCUUUUUAAAAGUCCGAUCGCUCCUCGGUUUGACGUUGUCGACUGUCAAUUGUCACUAGUCGGUGGCUUUUGACGAAACCAACACCGGUGAGUCGGAGAUGCCCCGGUCUCCAGCAGAAAACAAGGGAAGGGGAAGAAAGUGUUAAAAGUGACAAACGUGGUACCGCUUCUGCUAGAUUGUCUACCGUUCCCGACUCUCAGUUUGUUUAAGCCGAUUCACAAGGCUGACUUGCCGUUUGUUCAUUCGUUAAGCAAAUUAACGCCAAGUGGCUGAUUGGAUUAGUUACGUGCACGUUUCACUGAAUAACCGAAAAUAAAUCAGCUUGAAAUAUCCUUUAUUUGAACGGAUUCGACUAGCCUUCUCGCCUGAACAGCCUAUUAAAAAGGUCAGUUUUUGUAUUUGACAAUAGUGUAAAAAUAGGAGAAAAUGCUGAAGUUACUCGUCCCGAGGGUGAGACUGUUCUCGACCGUCGUCCAGGCUAUCAACCACGUCCAGGAGGCGUCGUUAAACGAAAAGUGCAUUCUUGUCAAUGAAAAGGAUAAAGCGGUCGGACAGGCUAGUAAAAGGGAUUGUCACAUGGUAGGUAGCCUCCUUUUACACAGAGCUUUUAGUGUUUUCCUCUUUAACUCGAAAAACGAGCUUUUGCUGCAGAAGAGGUCGAGUACGAAGGUGACGUUCCCCGAUCACAUAACCAAUACGUGCUGUUCUCAUCCUCUGUACGAUAUCAACGACGAGCGAAUCGAGCCGGGUGCGCUCGGCGUCAAGCUGGCAGCGAUCAGACGCCUGGAGUUCGAACUGGGCAUAUCGCAAAAUCUCGUCGCCCCGGAAGACCUGCAUUACAUCACGAGGAUACUGUACAAGUCGAUCGGCGACGGCAACUGGGGCGAGCACGAAAUCGACUACAUACUUCUGAUCAAAAAAGACUUGCCCGUUAAACCCAACCCGGACGAAGUGAGCAAAGUGUUUUAUGUACCGAGGGACGAUUUCAGUGAUUACAUGGACAAAUUGAAAGACCCGGUUACUCCUUGGUUCAAACUCGUGUCGAACAACGGCCUCAAGACCUGGUGGGACAACAUCCACAGAAUAGACCAAUAUAAAGACCAUGUCACCAUUCAUCGGUUUGAUCAACAUUAGUGUUCUACACAGAUUUAUAAUUUAUUUAACAUAUAAAAUACAAUGUAAUAAAAUAAUUCUGUUACAACCACAAGAUAUAAAGUGUAUUCCACAUUGAGAAUUUUUAAAAAUAUACGAUACCAAUUUUGGUAAUAAAAGACAAUAAAACAU